UGGACUUAUGCCUUCAUGAGUGAUUAUUAGAAUCAUGGGUGAAAGUCCGAAAUUAACGCACUGUCACAUUCGGUUAUCAUUCACUUACGCGGAUGGGUCAAACAGUAUGACUUGUCACCACGUUUUACUAACUAUAGAGGUAUUUUGAAAACACGUGUGUUUCGAGACAGGACUCGUAAUCGCAGCAUUUUGUGUGUGGAUAAGCAAUGGUUUCUUUGGAUGAAAAGCAAAGCACCUCGAGGCAAACUGUAGUUUCUCCAAUAAUCAAUGCUGAAGUCAAUUAUUCUGUGGAGACUAACUCACAGGCUACUGGAGACCAAGUGAGAUACGUCGAAGGACAUAGACGGGCUUCUCUGUAUUCCGAAGCGUCAGAAAACCCGGACACUACUCAGCCAAGGCCCUCAGCCCUCUUGCGGAUGGCCGAACACAACAUUGAACAUGACGUGGAGAAUCAUCAUCCAGAACCCGCCAUAUCGUCAAUAAAGGUCGACGUUCAAGCAACGAAUCCACAACCAGAACAAGCGAAUGGUGGGCCAGCAGAUGACAUCUCACGGACUCAUACCGAAUCCCACGAUGAGCAAGUAAUAAGGUCAAGUGAUGGCAAAGUCAAAGUGGUUAAGUCUUCGAUUUCGGAAUCAAAGGAAUAUGUGCAUCGGAUACAAAAGUCUUUCUCGGGUAGAUCUCCGGAGACCAGCGUAUCAGAGUUUAGUGACCUACCUCGAGUGCGAGCAUCCACAGAUCAGAGAAAACAUACAACCAUAGAGGUUGAACCUUCAGCUUCGAGUACACCAGUAACGGUCGUUCGGAAUAUUGAUGGUCACACUUAUGAAUCUCCUAAAGUGUAUAGAUCAAGUCCUGUAGACAGAUCUGAGCGCCCUCCCGUCAUGCCACGCCCGAUCAUUCCCCAGUCCGUUACACAUAUGGUUCCAAUUGAACAACAUGAAGCCAUGAAACGCCAGCUUGAAUCAGAAAUAGCCUAUUUGAAAAGCAUCAGCAGUCCUUCCCAGCAACAUGGAGAAGAACAAACCUCAAAAGAACUGUUACACAGACGCAUAAUCAUGCUCGAAUCCGACCUGCGUGAUUCCAGAAACGUAUCGGAGCUGGUCUCGGAGGAACUACAAAAUCUCAGAAAGCAAUAUGAGUUCCUUAUAAACCGGUCGCUGCAGUUGGAGAAUUCGAAUCGGACACUGCAGGAUAAAAUCAGGGAGUACAAGUCUUCAAAUAAGAAGAUGGUUCGAGACUUGCAAGAUAGAGAAGCCCUUUUGGAAAAACUUCACGAGUCGCAUGCACGGGAGAAAAAGACACAGCGCCAUUUAUCGGAACUUCAAGAAGAACAAAGUAGGUUGGCGCGUGACUACGAGAUCCUACGUCAGAGCUAUCAACGGAAGGAACAUCAACUUGGAGGGCUGUUUUCCGAACGUGCAGACUUGUACAGAAGAUUGGAUGAAUCGGAAUAUGAUAAAAUUCUUUUGGAACGACAAUUAGAGGCGAAAGCUCGAUCAAAACGUCCUCCAGCACACCAAAUCUAUUCCUCCGCUAACCAAAGAACUAAAACCCAGUCAGCCGAUCGCCCAAGAGCUGAAGACGACACCUUUGUAUCGGGCGCCGAAAUGACUGAGCAACACCAUCAUACGAUCCAGAUCAAAACAGGACAACCAGAGUUGGAUGGGGAAAUCACCAAUCAGGUGGAAACAACGGAGAAGCAAGAGUUGAACAAUUACGAGAGUGCUGCUGUGGACGAGACGCAAACUGAAACAAAGACGGCUGAGGUAACCCUACCCGUAGAUACGCAACUGUCUCCUGAUGAUCACACAAUCAAAGUCACUUUGCCUGUUGAUAGUGCUGAUGCGACCACAAAGUCUCAAAAAGCAGGAGAAAGAGUGAGCUAUCAUCACCCAGUGCAACAGUCACCCUCGCUCUAUCAGAGGAAUACACGGUUAGACAGGAGGAGUGGUACGGAUUCUGCUGAAGAGGAGAUUUUUCACUUUACAACCAGUCCCCUAGUGAAUCUUGGUAGUCACUGGGAGGAAUCACGCUAUCGAAAUUAUCGGACAACCUCGUUGGGAAAGAGAUUCAAUAAAAGAGUAACGGAUAUGUAUAUGCCGCGGAGCCCAGUGCGUUAUGUGAGGCGCCCUCGACCUUCAUCGGCUUACGGUUUCACACCAGCAGUCCCGCUAACCGCUGACUACGAAAUCUAUAGAAACCCGCUUCCAAAGCGCUCAACAACAAGUCUGGGUCACCUGCCACCGCCGCGAGGUUGGGAACGAGACUACGCCAGAUUUGAGAGACCCACAAUAUCACGAUAUCAAACUGUUUAUCCUGAAACUCCUGACCCCUUCAAGUAUGACACGAUGCGGCCCACAAGAGCUGAAAUAAUGCAGCUAGAAGAUGAACUGUCCCGCCUGCAACGCGAAAAAAGAAAUCUGGAGAAAUUAUGCUACUACCACAAUUCCAGUCGCCACAUUAAGAGUUACAGAAGAUCAGAUGAUUUGUUCUACCGUUUGGUGCAAGUAAAUAGCGACAUUCGCAGUCUUCAAAUGCGUUUGGACAGUUUGAAGGCAGUGCGACGAGCCCAUACAUUGAAGUGAGCUUCCCACAAACCCUUCCCGGAUUGUUUACACACAAACAAAAUGAAACCCUGCUGGCGACGUUUGUCACAGCUCUAGAUAUUUUAUUUUCAUUUCCCUAGAUGGCUUGUAAGCAUAAUUUUAUGAGCACUAACAACUUUGAAGAAUCAUGCUGAUUGUUCGGCCCACGAAAGUCGACGUGUGCCGCUCCCAUUUUCUGGGUUUUGGUUGUGCCCGGAUUUCGUAAAUGCUUGACUAUUUCAUUUGAUAAUGAACACAGCUGUGUGCGUGCUUUUCAUGAAUAAACUGUGUCAUCC